GCUCGGAAACAGAUAAUCAAAUCAAAGCUAGAGAACCGCGCACUUCGCUUUCGAUCCAAUUCCGUUAAUCUCUCUUUUCUCAACGGCUCAGUCACAUCGUAGCGAUGUCUUUGCCGGCGUCGACCGGAGAAGAGGAAGCGUCGUGGUGGAGCCGAGAAGACGAGAAGGCAUUCGAGAACGCUCUGGCCACGGUACCUUACCCAGCUAAGGACGAGAGCGAGGCUCUCGCACCUCCACUGGCGGCGGAGGAUCGGUGGCUGGAGUCGGUGGCUGCUAGGGUUCCGGGCAAGACUAUUAUUGAAAUUAAGAAACACUAUGGGUUGUUGAUUGAGGAUGUAAGCGCCAUCGAUGCUGGUAGGGUUCCGAUUCCGCGUUACGACGAUGAUUCAUCUUCAUCCCCAAGAAGCGGUGAUCAGGCUGAGAAAAAGCACAACGGGUUUGCCGAUCGGAAAGCGGGGAGUGGAGGAUUUGAUUCGGGAGGACAGUGUAAGGGCGGUUCUAAAUCUGAUCCGGAGCGUAAGAAAGGGAUUCCUUGGACUGAAGAAGAGCAUAGGUUGUUUCUACUCGGCCUCGAGAAGUUUGGAAAAGGCGAUUGGAGGAGCAUAUCGAGAAACUUCGUCGUGUCGAGGACACCCACACAGGUCGCAAGCCACGCACAAAAAUACUUCAUUCGCCUCAAUUCGAUCAAUCGAGAUCGGCGUCGGUCGAGCAUCCACGACAUCACCAAUGUGAAUAAUGGAGAUGUACAAACUUCUUCCCAGGGGCCUAUAACUGGUCAGGGAAUGGUGAAUUGUGCACCACCUGUAGGAUCCUUCAUUAAUCCGCCUCCAUUACAGCCCAAUGUAGCUGCCAUGGGAAUAUAUGGAGCGCCUGUGGGGCAUCCAGUUCCAGGCCACAUUGUUUCUGCUGUUGGAACUCCAGUUAUGCUUCCUCCUGGCCAUGCUCCUUAUGUUAUGCCGGUCGCUUAUCAGAUUCCCCCAACAAUGCAUCAAUAGGGCUGAGUCAACUCGGUGUAUAUUUUUCGAAGCUGAUGGCUCGAUGAAGAAACGAAAUUUGGGAGCUGAUGUAUUAGUUGGUGAGUUCAGCAGAGGUGAUAUGUUUAGUGAUGGGCCACAUUUUAUUGCAAUUAAAGGUGUUGAUCUUUUGUGGCCAUUAAUUUGGUUUCAUUUGAUUUGCAGGUACGAAUUCUAUGUGAAUUUGUGAUUUUCAGAAAGGGCCUUGCUUUGAUGUUAUAUAUAAAUAUGUGUAUCAUUGUUCAAGUAAAGGGGUUUUAUUGUAAAUAGUAUGAUUUGAUCGAUUUAGCAGGCAAUAUGGAACUUGAAUUUACUGUCCUUGUUCUCCCACAUGGGAAACAUAUUUUCCUUUUAGAUGAGGAAUUUUAUGUACAAGAGUGGUGCAAUAUGUAAGUUCCUUUUCUUUUCUUUU